AUGUCGCACAACAGCCAGCUGCCAGAGGAGGACGAGGCCUAUAUCGACUCGAACGAGAUCGGAGAAGAGGCUGCUGCCAAUGAAGAGGAUAUCGACCAGCCCAUGUCGGAAGACGACGAGGAUGAUGGCCAGUACGACGAGGAGAAUCCAGAAGAAGGGUACGGCGAGGGCAGUCAGCAGGACACUAUUGAGAUCGAUAUGUCCAACAACUCGAGCACGUAUUUUGAUUCACACUCGGACUCGGUCUACCUGAUUGCAUCGCAUCCCAUGUUGCCAAUGGUUGUUUCGGGCGGCGGUGAUAAUAUGGGUUAUUUGUGGACCACUAAUGCCCAUCCUCCUAAACUUGUGGCCCAUCUCAGUGGCCAUACCGAGUCUUUAGUGGCUGGUGGGUUCACUUUCGACGGCAGUUAUCUCGUUACUGGUGACAUGUCGGGCCAGAUCCGCGUGUGGAAAGCUGCUAUGAGAGGCCAGAAAUGGGAGUUUUUCGGCAGUGUACAGGAAGUCGAGGAGAUUGUUUGGAUCCGAUUCCAUCCUAAACAGAAUAUAUUCGCCGCUGGCGCUUCGGACGGUUCUGUAUGGUGUUACUCGCUCGAACCUACUUUGGAGAACAUCUCUGUUUUGCAUUCUCACAGCAUGCCUACUAAUAACGGGCUUUUCGUCAAUACCGACGAUAUGGAUACUUUAUCGUUGAUGACCAUUUCUGACGAUGCUACCAUUGUCAAUUGGAAUGUAUACACAUCAGCUGCUAAUUAUACUCUUACACCCACAGAUCUUAAGGGUGAACAUCCAUGGGUUUCUAUUACUCCAUCACCUUCUGGCAGAUCGGUUGCUGUAGGAUCUACUGAUGGUACUGUGUUGAUUCUGGGUGUCGAGCGUGGAAACAUUCUUAGCACCGUGAGCGGAUCUACUGCCGAGGACCUCGAUCUGCUUGAUAAGAGUAUUGAGGGUAUGUCGUGGUCCGAUUCUGCCAAUGUUCUUGCAGUUGGAAACGUGAAUGGAGAAAUCCAGUUGUACGAUGUUGCAUCCUGGAGAGUUCGUCGAACCCUUAAACUUGAGGAUUCGGUCACGAAACUCGAGUUUGUUCCCGGAACACCCUAUUUAUUAUCCAGUGGCAUCGACGGCUCCAUCAACAAAUGGGACGUCCGCAGCGGAGAAAGCAAAUGGGAGGCCAAGGGCCACAACGCCGGUGUCCUCGGCUUCGCACACCAACUCAACGGCGCCCGCAUCAUCUCUGCUGGCGACGAGGGCGUCUGUCUCGUAUUCAACGACGAGCCUAAGCCCGCCGCUGCUCCUGCCGGUGCCAGACCCCAGCAGCUCUUAACUAACUAA